AUGGGUGAGAUUGCGGAGCAGAGGGCAAAGGAUGGCCAGGCCCAGAUUGCCUGGGUCGAAGAUGAGCUGCAGUAUUGGAACAAGCCAAAGGACACGUGGACGGAAGCCAAGACGCCGGUGAAGAGGAACGACACGCCAUACGGCACGGAGAAAAAGAGGUGCGACAAAAGUCUCAAGCAGCACGAAAAGGAGGAGCUCUGGAAAGACUCCGAAGAACGAUCGGAGGUCCUGAAGCUGUUCACCUGGCAAGAAGCCAAAAAGCGGCUUCCUCCCGACAGCCUAGCAUGCACUGACACCUUGCUCAGCCUGGGGCUAGCCACAUGUCCACCAGAAGCCAUGGUCAUGGAAACGAGGGCUACGCGAUUCGUGCAGGCUUGUUGGGGUUGCCCUGUGAUACCGAAGCUGGAGCCAAAUGCCGAGAUGCAGCUGGCUGGCGAGGACGUCUUCCUGGGUGCCGAUGAUGUUCCUCGGCCCACGGAGGAGAUGAUGGAUGACCUGGAGGAGCAAUCUUGGACGAAGAUCGCGAUAUCCAGUGCAAUUAAUGCAUCUGGAUGGAGCACGAAGGGCCAGGAAAGGGGAGAAGGAAAAGAGAAAGGCCAGGAAAAGGGCAAAGGAAAAGACCAGGAAAGCACCGAGAAGGACCACAAGGGAAAGGGAAAAGCGAAAGGCCAGGAAAAAGGAAAGGAGAAGGGCCAGGAAAAGGGCGAAGGAAAAGGCCAGGAAAGUACCGAGAAGGGCCAGGAGAAGGGAAAAGGAAAGGUGAAAGGCCAGGACAAGGGCAAGAGGAAAGGCCAGGAAAGCACCGAGAAGGGCCAAGAAAAGGGGAAAGGACAGGAGAAAGGUCAGGAAAAGGGCAAAGGGAAAGCCCCGGAGAGCCCCGAGAAGGGCCAGGAGAAGGGAAAAGGAAAGGAAAAAGGCCAGGAAAAGGGCCAGGAAAAGGGCAAAGGGAAAGGCAAGGAAAGCACCGAGAAGGGUCAGGAGAAGGGAAAAGGAAAGGAAAAGGGCCAGGAACAGGGCAAAGAGAAAGGCCAGGAAAGCACCGAGAAGGGCCAGGAAAAGGGAAAAGGAAAGGUGAAAGGCCAGGAAAACACCGAGAAGGGCCAAGAGAAGGGGAAAGGAAAGGAGAAAGGCCAAGACAAGGGCAAAGGGAAAGGCCAGGAGAGCACCGAGAAGGGCCAGGAGAAGGGAAAAGGAAAGGACAAGAGCCAGGAAAAGGGCAAAGGAAAAGGGCAGGAAAGCACCGAGAAGGGCCAGGAGAAGGGAAAAGGAAAGGAAAAGGGCCAGGAAAAGGGCAAAGAGAAAGGCCAGGAAAGCACCGAGAAGGGCCAGGAGAAGGGAAAAGGAAAAGAAAAGGGCCAGGAAAAGGGCAAAAAGAAAGGCCAGGAAAGCACCGAGAAGGGUCAGGAAAAGGGAAAAGGAAAGGUGAAAGGCCAGGAAAGCACCGAGAAGGGCCAAGAGAAGGGGAAAGGAAAGGAGAAAGGCCAAGACAAGGGCAAAGGGAAAACUCAGGAGAGCACCGAGAAGGGCCAGGAGAAGGGAAAAGGAAAGGAAAAGGGCCAGGAGAAGGGCAAAGGAAAACCCCAGGAGAGCCCCGAGAAGGGCCACGAGAAGGGAAAAGGAAAGGAAAAAGGCCAGGAAAAGGGCAAAGGGAAAGCCCAGGAGAGCACCGAGAAGGGCCAGGAGAAGGGAAAAAGACAGGAAAAAGGCCAGGAAAAGGGCAAAGGGAAAGCCCAGGAGAGCACCGAGAAGGGCCAGGAGAAGGGAAAAGGACAGGAAAAAGGCCAGGAAAAGGGCAAAGGGAAAGCCCAGGAGAGCACCGAGAAGGGCCAGGAGAAGGGAAAAGGACAGGUGAAAGGCCAGGAGAAGGGCAAAGGGAAAGGCCAGGAGAGCACCGAGAAGGGCCAGGAGAAGGGAAAAGGAGAGGAAAAAGGCCAGGAAAAGGGCAAAAGGAAAGCCCAGGAGAGCACCGAGAAGGGCCAGGAAAAGGGGAACGGAAAAGAGAAAGGCCAGGACAAGGGCAAGGGGAAAGGCCAGGAAAGCACCGAGAAGGGUGGUAAGUUUGGCUUGGUCACUAGACAGGGCAUGGAAGAUCUGUUCGGUUCCAGAGACAACAAUGAUCAGUGGUGGGGUCCCCAGGAAAGUGGCCC